UCAUCGUCCGAUGAAAAGGGUGUUUGGAGUUUGGGGAAAGUAUCCCAAGAAGAACAUCUCAGCUUCCACAACGACUUCCCCACACAUCAAUCCCGUACACACUCAACAUUUUCUCGAUUGAAAACAAUUGCAUCACCAGUUAGACCAAUAUGGCGCCGUACCAAGGUCAUUGCAAUUGUGGCUCGGUCAAGGUCACAGUCAACAAGAAGCCAGAUAACAUCGUCAUCUGUCACUGUUCAAACUGCAAACGUGCUGGUGGUCCCUUCUCCAUGAACCUCUUUGUCGAUGACGGCGAAUGGGAGAUCGACGAUAGCCAAAACACGCUGAAAGAGUACCAGGACUCGAACACUGAUUCCGGAAAUACUAUUCAACGAUGCUUCUGCGGAAAGUGCGGAAGUCCUGUGAAGACUACGACAAAGGCGAUUCCCGGCAAAGCGCUUAUCAAGGCAUCAUUGUUUGACGACAUCCCAACAAAGAAGAGUGAAGUGUAUGGCCAGAAAGCGAUCGACUGGGCCUAAGGGAUGCUGUCACUCAAUUUGAAGUUACGAAAAGUGGCGUUCGAGGCGGGUGGGCUGUCACUUUGACAAAUGAGGUUGGGUAAAAGUGAUAGUUGACAGGUAGAUUAAAGGCAUCUGUGCUUGAUAUGCAGUA